UUACCGUGCGCGGUCUAUCGCGGCGCCGAGUUGCGCCAAUCCGGCUGGUUGCAAGGCUGUUGACCCAGUUAAUGGUUAUCAUAAUAAUAAUAUUCUAAUAUUGUUUUAUCCGCUACGCGUACCACACGCUGCGACGACUCCGACCACGACGACGACGAUCAGUCCUCGCGAGUCACCAGAACGGAUACAAUAUAUACAUUUAAUAUCGCACGGGCUUGCAGCAGAUUCCUAUAACUAUGGCUCGGUGGCGCAUGGUCCAAUCCGCGACAGCACCGUUCAUACACAUAACUUCAUCCGUCUCAAUGCACUUGCUGAUAGCUGCGGUGACGGCUCUGUCUUCAUCGGUGUCAGCUUCGGGAUGGACCAACUCAACGGACGUGAUCCGGGUAGUUCAGUUCAGCAACAGUCUGGUGCCUCCUCUCUUCAACCACUAUUCUAGAGGCCGAGACAACCUGGUUCUGGCGCCUUUCGGGGUGGCAACUAACGUGGCCAUGAUGCUGGAAGGCUUGCAAGGUCGGGCCGCCGAAGAGGUAACCGCGCUGUUCCGACUCCAGGCAAAGGAAGUGCGCCAACAGCUGAGAAGAGGUUUUAAAAUGAUUUUUGAUACGUUUGGGGAUGAUUCGGACGGAGAUUUUGCCGGAUCCUACAACAAAGCAUCUGUGACCAGUUCCCGGGUUAUGCCAUCGUCAUACAUAAACAGACUUUCGAAAUAUUAUCAAGCUAACGUUACCACGAUGCGGAGCGAGAAUUCGAAUAACAGCUUAACUGAUAUUUUAGAAUUACGGAGUGACACAGGAAUAAUAAGUCACUGGAAAGAUUACCAAAAACUAGCCACGUACACUUACUUAUCGUAUCAACCAUCAGCACCGUUUACCAAAGCUGACGGUUCAAUUGUCCACGUCCCAAUGAUACCACAGACAGGAAUGUUCAAAAUCGGAUACGUACCACAACUCAAGUGUUUAGCUGCUGAACUAAUGUUUGAGACCGACAAAGUGAGCAUGCUUAUCAUGAUGCCGGACGACGUUAACGGUUCCGAGUUAAUGAUCGAGCGGCUGUCCAAAGAAAACUUCCUGGACAUCUUGGACUCGCUGGGAUACCAGGACACAGAGGUUCUGUUGCCGCAGUUGGCCGCAUUCACCAACGGUCUGGAUUUGGAACCGUUCUUCAAGAAGCUCGGCGUCAAGGCAGCCUUCAACCAGACGGUCAGCGGUAGUGCCGACAACAAUAAUAAAACUUCAUCGAAGAGUCGCGAUCACGCGUCUAAGUCUCCUACGUUCACGUUGGUGUCGAUGAAACAGAACGCGUACUUUUCAAUGUCGUUCAUCACGAUCAAUUCCGUCGGCUCCGUCGGCACAAAGUUAGGUAUUCGUCCGUCAGCCUCAAGACAAAAACGAGGCAUUGCCACUAAAGUAGUAUUUGACAAGCCGUUUGUAUUUUUUGUUUAUAACAAAUUAACAGGACUAAUUCUGUUGGCAGGGAAAAUUACAAACCCUACACAAGUGCCUUCCACAAGUUAAAAAUUAAUUUAAAAGUUAGGUAAUUCACAAAUAAUAAUGAUAAUUUCUAUAAUAUGUAGUAUAUCAUAUGUAGGUAAUUAUAAUGUAUAUUAUUAUAAUAAUUAUUACUUACUACCUAGUUACAAGUUAUAUUAUUAUUUAGGUAAUACUUAAAAUCUAAUUUUGAGUUAAAAUGUUUUAAUGUAAAAUCGUAAAUCGAAAUAUUUAUUUGUACAUAAUCUGUUAAUAUUUUUGUAUGUAUACUUCAAUUUAGUUUUGUUUUUUAAAUGUUUAUAUGACUAUGGUUUAAUUGUAGAUAUAGAUGUGCAUGUAUUAUAAAAACUAGUUGAGAACAAUUAUUUAACUGAUAUGUGUGCAAAAUAGUUAUUAUUUAAAAAUAUGUUUCUAAAAACAAAAUUAGAUUUA